GCCCGGGAGGCCUCUGUUGGGCGGGCGCGCGCAGGGUCGCGGGAGCUGCGGCACAGCCCGGUUUUUCCGGGUCCCGGCGGCGCAGGGCCACGCUCACAGCCCGGGCGGCACCAUGAAGUCUCUAAAGAAGGAGUCCCGCCUUAGAAUACCUACAAACAGAUUCUUGGAGGCCCCAGAGAGCGUGAAAGAAAAGAAGCGGGCAAAAGUACCUGAACAGCCCACACCCCCCAUUCAGGAAGAACCUGAACCUGUUAGCAAUGUCCUACAAGGAGAUGACAUUCUUGCCUUAGCCAUUAAGAAGGAAGACUUGAGGAAGCAACAUAUUCCUCGCCUUAUUGAAACAGAAGAUAAACCUGCAAUUACCCAGAAACUUAUCAUCCGUAAACUCAAACCCAAGGAUCAUAGGAAGAAGGUCUGUCACUUAGUAGCACAUCCUGCUACUCCAGAUGCAGCCACGAAGCCCCUGGAUUACUCUGGGCCAGGUGACAUCCUCUAUGGCAGUGACCAGAUCCUGCCCCACCACAUCUUGGGGAGUCUCCAGGACUUUAAGAGAAUUGCAGUUGCUCGAGGGAACACCCAGCUGGCUGAGCUGAUCCACACCCCACCCUGUCUGAUGACCCUCAUCUCAGCUAAAGAAGAGCCGAAGCAGGAAGCCCCAAAAGAAGAGAAGGCACAUCCUCCCUGGGCCCCACCUCUUCAGCACAACUUUCUGAAAAACUGGCAGCGCCACGUAGCCCUUCGGAAGAAGCAGCAGGAAACCCUCAGUGAACGGCUGAAGAAGCCAGUCGGCGAGCUGCUGAUGCACAUGGGGGAGACCUACAGGAAGAUCCAGGAAGAACGGGAGCUCCUUGACCGCACACUGCCAGCACGGCCUGAUGGGAAGGGCUGUGAAUUGACCAGUGGGUUCUGGAGUCAACCGGAAUACCUGGGAGAUGAAAUGAUGGGCCUGGUAAUGACGAAGACAAAAACUCAGCGUGGCCUCGUGGAACCAAUCACUCACGUCAGGAAGCCCCGCUCCAUCCAGGUGGAGAUGGGAUUGCCAGCCCAGAAGGAUGCUUGGUACCGCUACACCUGGGAUCGGAGUCUGUUUCUGAUCUACCGACGCAAGGAACUACAGAGCAUCAUGGCGGAGCUGGAUUUUAGCCAGCAGGAUAUUGAUGGCCUGGAGGUGGUGGGCAAAGGGCGGCCUUUCUCCACUGUUACCGUGGAAGACUAUUCAGUGUUUGAAAGGAGCCAGGAAAGCUCCUCUGAAGACACAGUGCACUUAGACUUAUUGGCCAAUUACCCUGAUGUGGUCCCUAUGCCUAUUCUUGGCCCUUCUCUGCUGUUCUGUGGGCAGCCAGCUUGCUGGAUCCGAGGCAGCAACCCAGAGGACAAGAGGCACGUUGGAAUUGCUGUCCGCUUGACCUUUGAAACUCUAGAAGGCGAGAAAGCAUCUUCAGAACUGACGGUGGUCAAUAAUGGCACAGUGGCCAUUUGGUAUGACUGGCGGAGGAGGUCCCAGCUGGACUCUUUCCAAGACCUGAAGAGGAACAGGAUGCAGCGGUUUUACUUCAACAAUCGGGAAGGUGUGAUUCUGCCUGGAGAAACUAGAAAGUUUCCCUUCUUCUUUAAGUCUUUGAAUGCUGGGAUCUUCAGGGAGUGUUGGGAGUUUGGAACCCACCCCACCCUGUUAGGAGGUGCUCUCCUGCAGGUCAAUCUCCAUGCAGUCUCCCUGACCCAGGACAUCUUUAGGGAUGAGAGGAAGUUAUUGGAGAACAAGCUGGCUUCCCACGAAGCAGUCACCGUCGUGGAGAGCAUGCUGCAGGAGCUGCUGAGGGGAAUCCUGACCCCGGAACGUGCACAGUCACCUGUGGACGCCUAUCUCACCGAGGAGGACUUGUUCCACCAUAGGAAUCCUCGGCUGCAUUACCAGCACCAAGUGGUGCAAAACCUGCACAGACUGUGGUGCCAGUACACCGUCCUGCCCCCCAAGGCUGAGGAGGCCGGGCCGGGCGAGGAAGAGCACCUCAGCCCCAGGGCCCAGCCUGCUGCGGCCCCGUCAGCCUAUGGGGAGGCGGCCUCGAUGAAGGUCGGGUCUUCUGUGCACCUUAAGAGCCCAGCGUUGGACCCCCAACCACCCCGGCAGGAGAGUGAGGCCCUCAGGGACUCCCGACAUCCUGUUGGGUCCCAGAAGACUGGUCUGGGUUCUCAGCAGAAGAGCAUCAUGGAGGUGGAGGAGAGCCCAGACCUGCAGAGUGUCCGGAGCUCCCAGGAGCUGGACGGCCUUCCCCCACCAGAGUGGAACCUCUGCCUGGAGGACUUCAGAAAGGUAGUGGUGGCACUCCCUGAGGAGAACCAGAGAGAAGACGCCCUAAUCAGGCUCAACAAAGCGGCCCUGGAGCUGUGCCAGGAACCGCGGCCGUUGCAGUCCGACCUCCUGUACCAGAUGUGUUUGCAGCUGUGGCGAGAUGUGAUUGACAGCCUGGUGAGCCAUUCCCUGUGGCUGAGGGCUCUGCUGGGCCUGCCUGAGAAGGAGACCAUCUACCUGCACAUGCCAGAAGCGCAAGAUCGAAAGUCACCUCCUGUCACAGAAGUGAAGGUGACUUCCGGGAGAGUGGGGAAGGAGGACCGGAAAGGGCCAUCUCAAGAAAAGAAGCAGUUGGGAAUCAAAGACAAAGAUGAUAAAAAAGGAGCCAAGCUGCCACCUGGGAAAGAGCAGGACCAUUUAAACAGCAAGAAGCACAAAGCAAAGGAUGACAAGAAACCGAUGAAAUCUACAAGUCGGGACAGGCUUCCCUUGGAAGACCCUGUCCCUGACAUCAUCAUCCCGGCUCAGGAACCCAUAGAUCCCCUGGUCAUGGAGAAAUACACCCAGAGGCUGCAUACUGAGGUGAGGGCAAGAGCCUGGCACUCAGCCCUCCCCUCACUCACACCUGCCCUGCAUACCUUCCUCCACUCCCUGGCUCCCUCAUUCAUUCUGUUUAUCCCACAAACAGUAAGGGCCUACUGCACUGUGAUGGAAGCAGAGCUGCCCUUGUGAAGGGCAUCCUAGUGUUCAAGACAGACCUCAUGAAUAAGUAACACCUCUGGUAUGUUAGGUGAUGAGCACUAUGGGAAAAAGAGAGAGACCAGGGCUGGGGGAUGGGGAAGCCCCGGGUGGGGGUAGGUGGGCCUCAUUGGAAGGUGACAUCAAACAAAGACUUGAAGGGAAGGGAAGUGUGGCCAUGUUGGCAUCUAGGAAGAGUGCUGUGAGCAGAAGAGGGAGUGAGCCAGGAGGACAGAAGGGCAGAGGGUCCACCAAGAGGGAGCGGGUCAUGUGGGGCUUGGUAGGCCACUGUGAGGACACAGUGUUUUGAACUGAGGAGUGAUGUGGUCCGACUCAUGCUUUAGAAGAUCACUCCGGCUGCCAUUUGGAAAUAGAUUCUAGGGGGGACAGAGCAGAAGCCUUUUCCUUUCUGCUGCUCCCACUUCUUCUCUGUUAGGUGCGUCUGGGAGAUGUGUUCCUUGGGUGACCACCAUGUAGAGUGCAUUUCCAGCAAGUGUAAGGGUUUUGAAACGCUGGAGAGACUUUAUAAAAUGUGUUCUUAAGCAGGAGGUCCUUAGGGAUUCACCUACGUGUUGUGUUCUGUUCUUUGUCAUUGUUGUUGGUUUGGGAGGGGAGCUCCACAAAGCCAUGUUUGAUAUAUCAAGGAGUCUAAUGGCAAUGCUUUGUCUUCCUCUGGUGUGGACAGCUGGGCAGCCGAGAUUGUAUUGUGCAUUGCGCUAACGCUCAGAUCACAUUUAAUCAGAAGCUCCAUUUGCUGUUGGUGACAUCACUGAGAUGUGUGGAUUUCCAUGGGGUCUAGAAAGUAAUCAUAGGGCUCUGAGGACCCGUGGGGUAGUCUCUUGCUUGGCUUUUUGAAAUUAAGAAUCAACUUGCUGAGGCUUGUGUGGUCCAGCUCCACCACAGGGUACAGUCUUGGAGACAUUUCAGUACGUGGAUCUGUGAUCUUACUGGAAGGAAAGUUGGUCUCCAGGAGGCCAGGGUAGAACUGGGUCACCUCAAGGGACUAAAUGGGCACUGCUCCCUGGGCCUCCCUGGAAUUGCCCCUUUAACCACUCUAGGCUCUAAUGUCCCCAUAUGUCCAAGGGGCAGUGCAGGAUUACUGCCCCAGACUGGUUCAAAAAAUAAAACUGGGACUUCCCUGGUGGCACAGUGGUUAAGAAUCCACCUGCUAAUGCAGGGGACACGGGUUCGAUCCCUGGUCUGGUAAGAUCCCACAUGCCGCGAAGCAACUAAGCCCGUGUGCCACACUACUGAGCAUGCACUCUAGAGCCCGCGAGCCACAAUUACUGAGCCCACGUGCCGCAACUACUGAAGCCCAUAUGCUCUAGGGCCCGCGUGCUGCAACUACUGAGCCCAUGUGCUGCACCUACUGAAAACUGUGCACCUAGAGCCCAUGCUCUGCAACAAGAGAAGCCACCGCAAUGAGAAGCCCAUGCACUGCAACAAAGAGUAGCCCCUGCUCGCCGCAACUAGGGAAAGCCCAUGUGCAGCAAUGAAGACCCAACGCAUCCAAAAAAAAAAAAUCUAUUCGCAAAAACAAAAGUCCUACAGAAAAUUUAGUUUUAUCUACACAACUUGAGUUGUCCCCCUCUCCAGCUGUCCCUCUUGUAUAGAUGUGUCCAUCCAUCUCGCAGCAUGGGGGAUGCUCCCUCGUGCAGGUGCUUUCCAGGGAGUGAACCUUUGCCUGUGAUGUUCAUCCCAUUCUUCCAGGUCUAUGGGCUGCUGGAUGCCCUGGUGACCGACCUACUGGUCCUGGCUGAUGAGCUCAGCCCCAAAGAGAAUGUCAAGGAGCCUUUGCGUCUCUGCACCUGACUUGCAUGCCUGAGCUGCCUUCUGCGAAACUGCUUAAAAAACAAAUCAAUAAAGAACCUUUAGGUUCCUACCACUUC